AUGCCUUCCCAAAUUUCAAUCACUGCACGAGCUCACAAUCAACCUGCAACAUCUCUCACUCCUCGUCAACGCAGCGCAUCUCCACGCCCUCACCAAGGUGGUUCAUUCCCCAUCUUCACCAACGCCUCGCCAACCACAUUCACUAUGCAUGCUUACAAGAAGAAUCCCUUGACUUCAGCACAAGAUAGAUCUGGUGACUCAACCGGUUACUCACACUUUAAACUCAAUGAUGUCAAAGUUGAAUUUGAGCUCAAGAAUGUUGAAAUCAGCGAGCUGAAGGUUGCAAUUGGUGUCUAUGCGGAGAAGAAGUAUCCAGGAUGUAAAGCUCUUUUUGAAGAGGCUGAAAGCGAGGGGAAGAUGAAUUAUAAUGGCUACAUUCUUGGUAGUCGCGAAUUUGGGAAGACUCGCCCUAAGAGUAUCAAUGAUGUUGAGAUUUACAACGAGUUCAAACGAGUAAUGGCUAGGAAUGUCGGGAAGGAAAUAGGGCUGUGGGCAAAGAUUCAAGAUCCAAAAGCAUCCAAGAAAAAUAAACAGCAGAUUAAUGACCAACAUUUUGCCCGAUCAAUGCACGCUGACAAUCCAGAAGCAAACCCAGAUGAUCGCCGUCGAGAUAUCCUGAAUGAUCUCAAUGCUCCACCUGACCGAACGCUCGUUUACGAUGCGCUGUUUGGUGCCUACGGCAAUAAUAGAGAUGGUAACCGUGAAGGGAUGACAUUUUAUCACCCUGAAAAACCAACCUUGGUCAUCAAGAUGACCCACAUAAUGUUUAAGUGGUGGACUGAUGAUAUUAUGGAAGGGAAGCCUAAUGUCAAUCAGACAACACCUCCAAGUGCAAAAGAUCGACCCGAUUUCAAGUAUGUUUCAAAGAACGGACCUUUGGCUGUACUUCCCCAAGCACCUGAGGUCUUGCCGACUCCCGGAUUGAUACCUCCACCUCGUCCGAUCUCGCCUGCUCCAGAACCUUCGGCAUCCUUUCAGCGCUUCCUGAACUUCGCAUCUAUUUCACUCGACGACGUUCAAACUCGUAACGCAAUUCAUCAUAUCGGUAUAUUAGAAUUUGAUGAAUUCCUAUACGAAGAAAACAAUGUCGAUUCCCUUGUAAAGUAUGGAAUGAAGCAUGGCCGUGCUGCCCGAUUGAUCCACCAGGCUGCUGUGUAUCGGGAUGACAUCGAGCAACGUCGAGCUGAUAUUUGA